CUCGAAUUUUACAUCCUUGUAAAAAACACAACACAGCGAGAGAAAAACGUAAGUCGUCGGUUGUGAGAACGAGAGUUCAAUUAUUUUCGUACUACGGAAGAGAAUGUUCUAGAAUUCUUGCCAAACAAUACUUAAUUGAUUGAAUAAGGAUAUACGGAUUAAUGGAAGAAUACCAGGAAUAAGAGGAUGCCAUUCAUGAAAGAGAACCCAAAAGUUCCAUCUCAGGGGGGAGACUUCGGUGCAAUAGGAGAUUUGAACAGCAUCAAGUAUGGGGAACUCAUAGUUCUAGGGUACAAUGGCUGCCUGCCUUCGGGUAACAGAGGUCGUCGGCGCAGCUCGUUCCAGCUGGAAAAAAGAACAACUGGUAAUGGUGUUCAACCGUCCACACAUUAUGAAAUUAACUCAUCGCAAACCGCUCAGGUAGUGCAAAAUGAAUCACAACAUAGUAUAUCCUACACAUUAUCACGAAAUAAAACUGUUGUUGUGGAAUACAAAGUUGACCCAGAGGUUGACAUGUUUCAGGUUGGGCGGUCAACAGAACCAGUCAUUGACUUUGUCGUAAUGGAUACUGUACCCGGAGCAUGCACGUUAGAAGACUGUACUGUCACAGAGAGCACAAUCUCACGAUUUGCGUGCCGAAUUAUGGUUCAGAGGGAUCCACCGUACACAGCGAGGAUAUAUGCCGCUGGUUUUAAUAAUGCUAAGAAUAUAUUUCUAGGGGAAAAAGCUUGCAAAUGGCGAACAGAGGAAGGAAUGGAUGGCCUAACAACCAACGGCAUUCUAAUAAUGAAGCCUAUCGGUGGGUUUGAUGGUAAUGCAAAGCCUGGUGUAUGGCGUGAGGUAUCGGUCUGUGGGCGUGUGUACAAGCUGAGGGAAACUCGCUCAGCCCAAGAGCGGGGCAGCCUGAUUGAGGGUGAAGAAAAUGUAUUAGUUGAUGGAACGUUAAUUGAUCUGUGUGGUGCUACGUUGUUAUGGCGAUCCGCCUCUGGUUUAAUGAGGACACCAACUCAACGUCACCUUGAGAUGCUGCGGCAAAAUAUCAACGAUGCACGACCACAAUGCCCGAUUGGUUUCAAUACUCUUGUUUUGCCAUCAAGUAGACGAUCUCGGGUGUUGACAGAGAAGCAACCAUAUGCAUACCUAAAAUGUGGCCAUGUUCAUGGCUACCAUCACUGGGAUAGCAAAGAGAACGAGAGUAAAGGUGACGAUCGCACAUGUCCGAUGUGUAGAGUGGUUGGUUCAUAUGUUGCUUUAUUUAUGGGGAAUGAGCCAAGCUCUUACGUUGACACCGGUGACCCAACACAUGCCUUCUGCCCCUGCGGCCAUGUCUGUACAGAGAAGACGGCAAAAUUUUGGUCUGAAGUGCCUCUACCACAUGGAACUCAUACUUUUCAAGCAGCCUGCCCCUUCUGUGCCAACCCACUAAGCGGUGAUCAUGGUUACGUGAAAUUGAUCUUCCAGGAAGCCAUUGACUGACCUAAUUCUUGCUAGCUGACCUACAACCUCUUCUGCGUUGACCCCACUCCGUGUGGAAUCAUCUGAACCUGCAGCAAAUUCCAUGGUUCCUAUCCAGAAGCACGCAAAAUUCAUCCAGCUUUUGAAAUACAAGUGAUAGGAUUUUUCUGGUUAAAUUGUACCAAAGCCCUGUACAUCACAUAGUAAUGUACCCCUCCUGGAAAAGUAACUCUGCCCCUUAUCUUUCACCCCUCCCCCCUAUCUUUCACCCCUCCAUUCAAACCACAAUAAGGUAUAGUAAACAAAUAUGUGUGUACACUGCGCAAAAAUGGCCUUGUGGCAUUAUUGAAUUUAUUUUGUAUGAAUUUCAGAGUAAUAUUUAAUUUGUUCACUGCCUUGUACAAGAAUUCUCAUUUUAUGGGGCGCUACUUGGCAGGCAACAAAGAUUUGUAAAUUAAAAUUUUUUCCAUAUGUGUAUAUUCUUCUAUAAAAUUUGUUUUGUGAAAUGUCAUAUGGGAUUACUUGCACCUGUAUUUCAUUUUGGGUAUAGGAGAGAAUCGCAGCUAACAUGUUACAUAGAAUGCAUAUUCCUGUACAAAGAAGAAAGCUUACCAUCACUAUGUGGAUUUGCUCAGCUGGUUUGGAAUACUAAAUUCAGACCUGUUCACUUUAGUUUAAGGACAGAGGAGCACGUUCAGGGAAUGACUUAAGACUGUAGAUUAUAAGAUUUAUUUAUUUAUAUACAAACUGAAGAGUAUAUACGUUAAUGAUUAAUGCAUUUGGUAGAACGGGUAUAGGGGUGGAUUAAGCAGAUUGAAACUGCUAAUCCAAUAUCCCAGCUGUCCCGCUUCCUUCACGGCUUAGCCGUAUAUUAUGUGACUAAUGCAGUAGGUAUCCCCUCCCUAGGGAUGCAGCUAUGAAUGUGUGUGUUGUGUGUGGUCCUACUGUAUACUGACCUGCAAAGUCAGGGUUAUUAUGGCAGUACCAAAGACAGAUAUCACUGCUGUCAAAGGAGUUCUUAUCUCUGUUCACAAUAAUGUAAUUAUGUGUAUCAAACUUUUAAGUAAUCUAAUUAUAUAAUUAAUAAGUAUUUAAUUAAUUUUUUUUAUAUAAAAUCAUAAAAUUUAUAUAAGAUUUACAAAUGUAUUGUAAAUAAUGGUCUGUUCUUUUGAUUGUUUAAAUUAAACUGUACAAUAAUUUGGUUUAAAUAUUCCGUAGGCUCUUUUAGUCAUCCCCACCCACAUGACCCUCACCCCACUUGGAUAAGACCUCAAGGAUGUGCAAGAAAAAUGCCUAUUCCUCACUGCCAAUUUUAAAUACACUUAUAUUGAUUGUAUUGUUGUAAACUCUGGAUCCCAUAGCAAUGUCAUAAGUAACAAGAAGAUAGAAAUUAUGUACAGCUGUACAAGUAAUCAUAAACCUACAUUAAUUAAGCUUUGUCAAGUUUCAUGUGAGAAAUACCUAUGAUUAGCCCACAUAUUGUUAUGAUGUGACCACAUCAUACCCUUUAUAUGGGUGUGAUAUGAUGUCAUCAUGCCCUUAUAUGGGUGUGAUAUGACCUCAUCAUGCCCUCAUAUGGAAAAAUAACAGAUAUUUGUCAUAGAAAAUCUGAGAGAGCAAUACACAAAAUUUGCAUCUUAUCAUAUCUAUAUACUGGCUCUGCUGUGCUGAUCUUGCUUUCUAUAUUUAAGUUAUUAUUUUUUAAGGUAUAAUUAUCUUUCAACUGAAAAUGAGAAAUUUAUUUCUUUGCAAAUUUUUGCAUAAUUAAUUAUGUUCUUGUCAAAUUGCAUAGAAUCUUUUGGGCCGGUCAAGCGGUUGCACAUUCAAUAAUUAAUUUGAAAAUUGCCACAUUAUAAAUAUUGACAUCAUAUUUUAUUUUUGUUUUUAAUGCUAAUUUGUAUUGAAAUAUUUUUUUAAAUAUUUAAUACAAUUCUGAAAUUGUAACCCAUACAUUUUACAAAUUCUCAGUUGACGAAUAAGUGUAGUCAAAUAGCUGUAUGUGUCCCCUGAUAUGUUGGAUCUUGGAUAAUUAAUUAAUUGGGCAGAUUAUAUAUGUUAGUUUUGUUUUUAUUUAUGAUUAUUUUUAUUCAGAUGGUUUCAAAGAUUUGAAAUGUUGUCCCAUCAAUUGAACAAACUUUUUUCCUUUAUUGUUUAGGUUUUAAGUAAAGAUGAUCAUGAAUUAUGAAUUUCCUCAGCAGGUCUUUGGUUUGUAAACUAAACAGUUAUACCUAUGAUGAAUCAAUUUACUGCUCUAUGUACACAGCCUAUGAAAGUCUAUAAUAUUUAUAUUAUAAUGUAUGAAAAAAUGCCUAUAAAAUCUAAAAUUUGUAAAUGUUGUUAUAAAGUCACAGAAUACUUGUGAUUCUGUCUCUAAAUUUGACUUAAAAUAUGACUUGACAAGUUGAUUGAUAUCUGCUGAUCUGUUGAUCAAACCAUCCAUGACCAAACUAAAGCUCUGUCCAGACUAUCAAAUCAUAUUUGACAUAAAACUGCUGUAUGGUAGUCAUGAUGUGCCUAUAUAUGGUCAUGAUGUGAUGUCAUCUUUUGUCAAAUAGUCUGGACAGGGAUUUAUUUUGAUUCACUAGUUGGUUGAAGCAGAUGGAUUAGUGUACAUUUAAGACAAAUAUACACAACACCAGGUUUAUCACAUUAAUAUGUGUGUGUGUGUUUUUUGUUUUUUUUUUGUAGUGUUCAUUGCAGAGGGUUUGAAUGUCUGAAAAAGCUUGUGUAUUUAAUGGUGGUUGAACCAAUAUAUGGUUAAUUGUGGUUGAACAAAUGCAUACCUCUUACUAAGCAGUGGUUUAUGAUGGUUGUUUUAUUGUAAUGCUAAACGCUGGCCUGUUGAACCAGUGUUAUCUUGAUGGCCUUCUUUUCGAGAUGGGCUUCUUUUCAAGGCUACUUUUACAAACUAAAGAAGAUGGGGUUGGGGGCUUCAUUUCGAGAUUUUUCUCGAGAUUAACCUCAUUGGGCUUCUAUUCCAGGUUGGAACAGUAUGGUGUUUGAACUAAAGUAAACAAGCAAAUGUUGAUGGUAGUUGAACCAUUAUAUUACCAUUUUUUGUGUACCAAUCUGCUACUAAGCAUUGGGUUAUGAUUGUGAACCAUUGGUUUAUGAUUGUUUUGGUCUAAUGUAAUGCCAAGCAAAUUUUCAAGAUUUGUGAAUCAAGCAAUACAAACAAUUGGUUAUGAUAGUUGAACCAAUGUAAACCAUGUAUUGGUUUGUGGAGGUUGGACUGUUGUACAGUAAUAUCAAGCAAUGUUGCUGUACUAAUGUAAUACCAAGCAAUGGUUUUUAAUGCUGAACCAUGAAAUUGUGUAUAAUGUAGUGUAAUUAGUGUUAAUAUGCAUAGUUUUGCCAUGGUGUACAUUGUUUUUAUAUAACUUCCCUUGAUGGAUGCAGAGUUCAUUUGUGUGAAUAAUCGCUGUGCUAACAUUCCCUUUCUGUCACAUAUUUAUUUUCCUGUUAUUUAUAUAUAAGUGUUUAUUGUUAAUUGUUCUUAGGAAGAAACGUAAAGCCGAAAGGUUUGUAAAAAGACAUUCUGUGACUCCAGUAAAGUGGUCUCCUCAUGUGUUUACUGGGUGUUCCAACAUAAACAUUUACUGUACAUUGAAUUGUAAUGAGAUUACUCCUUUCAUCGUGAUUAUCAUAUAGGUCCUAAGAUUCGAGACUGUUAACUUUGGCAGCCUACCAUAGGUUUUGGUGUUUGAAAAAUGUCCAACUGUGUUCUUAAUUUUGUUGAAGAACCAGUCAAUAAAUUUUAAUUUGUAUUGAAUUUUGGGACGUAAUCCAGUGAGAGUGAUUAAGAUCAUGUUGAAAUAAUACACAUGUUCUCAUUAGAGUUGCAGCAACAGAGUUGGAGGAACGCUAAUCUGUCCUCCAUGCAAACGUCAUAAUUUUUAGCUCGGUGUUUACAUAUAUUACCCAAUAAACCUCAUAUAAUCCAUCUGGUUUAUCUCAUGAGCUUGAAAAGUGAAAUUCCAAAAUAUAAGAAAAGAUGGAUAAAAAAAUUAAUAUCAGUGCACUUUAUCAUACAAUUGUAUAUUUCUUUUGAUUUAUUUGUAGAUAUCAAAUAUUAUGAUUUCUCCAAUUGAAUUAUAUCAUUGGUUAAAAAAUGUAAAAUGUUCUUUAUUAUAAAUAAUAAUAAAUUGCAACAUAUUUAGAGCACCUAGUCAAUUUUUUAAAAUAACUUAAUUGUCACCGGGGCUGACAAAAGGAAAGAAUAAUCGUUAAAAAAAGUGUAAUUUAAGGCUAGAAAAUGUAUGAUCAGAAAUAUUUCAUAAUUGAGCAAGAAGAAAGUACCAAAGUUUAAAGCAGAUAGAACACAUAGUUGCCUCAGCACUCAUGUUUAAUUGUUUGGCCAUUUUGAGGAAAACACUUGGAAUGUAGUUUUGAAGCAGCACUAUUAAUGAGCACUCACAUUUGACAUGCAGAAAUCUGUAAAAUACUUAUAGAAUUAUUGCCAAUAAAAUUAUAAGUUAUGGAUCAUACAAAGUUAAAA